AUGUCUAUAUUUCUCUUUUUUGUUUUGUGUCUUAGCUUCCACGAGUGGGACAAAGGAAACACAGUUGUAGGUGCUAGGGUCAGUUGCCCUGGUGACUGCGGAAAACAAAAUGAUCUGGUGGAGGGCAUCAAUGCAUUCGCUGUUGAUAUGUACAAACACAUCGAGAAACAGAAUAAAACUAAAAAUGUGUUUUUUAGCCCGGUAAGCAUCUCGACUGCGCUAUCAAUAUUGCUUAUGGGGGCAAGGGGAGAAACAAAGUCUCAGAUGGAAGACGUAUUAGGUGUCUCGUCAAUAACAGGAAAUGUGGAUUCAAUGUAUACAUGCCUCAAUCGGAACUUGUACGGAAGAACCAAAGGAACCGAGCUCAGAUCGGCGAAUAAAUUAUAUCAUGAUAAGACGCUCAAAGUAAAGACAGAGUUUAUAAAUGCCAUAACGAAGUACUAUGAAGGUUCGAUAGAGGAACUUGAUUUUAAAAAAUCUACUUGGGCCACAGCCAAAAUUAAUUCAUGGGUAGCCAAGCAAACCAACCAGUUGAUCAAAGAAGUUCUUCAACCGGGAGAUAUCGAUGCCAAUACUGUAUUUGCACUCGUCAACGCUAUCUACUUCAAGGGAGAUUGGCUCGCGCAAUUUGAAAAAUCCGAUACUACAACACAGCCAUUUUUGUCAUGCGCUGACUGUUCGACAUUUGAUGUUGCAAUGAUGUACCAAGAAGCCCCGUUCAAGCACUAUCACGACAAUGUAUUGGAAGCCCAAUUUUUAGAACUCCCAUUUGUGGGUGAAAAAUACUGUAUGGUACUAAUUGUCCCGGAUGACAGAUGUGGCAUUGACAUGUUAACAAAUGAUUUGACCGCAGAGAAUCUUAAGCAAAGUUUGGACACGUUAUUGCAAGACUACUCUGGGAGAGAUGUGUACCUUUCACUUCCAAAAUUAAAAUUCAAAUGGAAGGACGAACUUUCAAAGAUACUUGAAGAUAUGGGGAUGGAAGAUUUGUUUUCAUCGAAAGUAAACCUGGGUGGGUUUAGCAAUGAUUCUAGGCUAGAUGUUUCGAAAGUUAUUCACGAGGCAUUUGUGGAUGUGGACGAGAAAGGGACUGAAGCCGCUGCAGUUACCGUGAUUGCUGGAGGACGAUCAGGCUACACGCCCCCGCCUGUCAAAGUCAACUGCAACCACCCGUUCAUGUUCCUAAUUUACGACAAAACAUGCGGCGUGAUUGUAUUUCUUGGGAAAGUCAUGGAACCUGGAAAAGUCGAAAAGAUAAAUCAAUUAUCUGCUGAUGCAAUUGUUGAGUGUAGAGAAAACUGUAGACAGUUAUGUUUUGACAAAUUGGUGAAAUCAGGGAGAACAAUCAAGUCGUCCAAACAGAAACUCGGUGCAAAGAAAAAAUUUAAAGCGGAGUUCAAAGGAAUGAGGAAAUGCAAACGUGAAAGUGAAGAGUGCAAAUGUAAACCAUCUGGAGGAAGAAGUGGACUCAAUGUGUGCUAGAAAGACUCAAAAGAUGAAUAUAUGCGUUUCGAAGAGGAUGACUAAAAAGCCGAUUUGAUUUAACGUUUCAGCAUUACAAUUCUUAUUUAAUUGAGUUUAUUGAGAAAUAGAAAAAGCCUAUAUU